AUGUCGAGUUUCCAUGGCCACCCUCUCGGAAUCGUUACGCUGGUCGCUCACUUCGUCCAGUGUGCGAGUGCCUUCAUUGUACUAGGCAUCACGGCAUGGGCAGUUCGCGGCACCAAGUCGCUGACAGUGAUUUUUGCUCUUGUGGUGUCUGUCCUAACCCCCGUCGCAUUCGCCUUAUCAACCGGUGUUAGCUGCGUGACCAGAAGCCGAAAGUGGCAUAUAUUGCCUCUAUACUUGACUGAUACCGUGCUCUCCUACUUGUGGCUCACCGUCUUCAUCUUCCUCGCCCAGAACUUCAACCAAGUCAGCUGCAGUAUCUCCCGGUGGAAUGGAGAGAUGGUUUGUAGUCGGAAAUACGCCGCAGAAGCAUUCAGUUUCAUUGCCUUCUUCAUGUCGCUUGGCGCUCUCAUGUUCCAAUUCUUCUAUACCUAUUCCUACAAGCCUCAGUUCCCGCUACCAGGGGAAGAGCAGAGGGCGAAAGAGACUUUGCACGGGAAUUUGGAAACAGCCGGUGUUUUGUAA